CUUGCAGAAGGUCAAGAGACUCACAGACCAGACUCAAGAGGAUUCAAGGAAGAGAAUAUGGACAAGACAGUUCCACAGCUUCUCCGAGAAGCUGCCCAAGCACUAGAACGAAGUGCAAAUGCUGCCCCUUCAGAUUCAGAGAGGCCAUCGUCCAGCUUAAGAAUGACGCCCCCGGAUCGAAGUGGUGGGACACGGGCAGAAGUUUUACGAUUGUUUGCACCAUACUCAAUUUCACGGGGCCGUAUGCCUAAACGUCCCAACACUGCUGGACCUUCAGCAAAAAAAUCUAAAAGUGUGUCCUACACCCAUCGUUUUUUUUGCCUAUCCAAAAGAAAGGAAUGUGAGGUCCCAAGUCCCUCAGUGAAAAACAAACUAGAGAGGUCAGGGAUAGGAGAAAAGAGGAUAACCUUUCCAGACAAAUACUGCACUCCACAGGAAUUUUCAGACCAUCUUUUUCAGCAUUUCCCCAUCCUGAAAGAGUGUGGCGGUUUCCAGCUCUUGCGAUCCAGAGGAUCAACACGUUCAAAAAUAUUAGAGACCAUACCCUGUCCAGACGAUGGCUAUUGCCCUGAGUACCUCUUAAGUGAGUCAGUCAUGAUUGGGCAGGCUGUCAUAUAUAUCAGGCCACUCCAGAAAGAUAUAGAUGUGCAGAAUCUUGAGAGUGACCAGCCUGUAUCCACUGGACCACUGACAGAAUGCUUGUACUGCAAUAAGAAGUAUAGCCUGUCAGAAAUACAAGACCAUGUUGAUGUUUGUGAAAAGUUACAUGAGUCAGGCAAAGUGAUAUCAGAUAACACUGGCAGUACAAGACAGGAAGAAAUGUCAGCAACCAUGUCAGAGGAUUAUGCUGAAAGGGAGGAAAGGGCCUCAACAUCACUCACUACUUUUUUCUCAGCCACUACCAGCCCAUCAGCAGAGCCUGCCACUGAAGAGUGGAAAAUUGAGCCUGAUCUUGAAACAGCUGCCCGGCUGUUUCGAAGACAUAUCUUAAAGAAUGCUGAGGACAAACCAGACCUAGUUGUUACACUAGAUCUACACAGCUGUGAAAAGGAUCGAGAACGGGAAAUGUUAACUUUUUAUAAACGUCCAAAUAUUGAUUGGACAAGUCCGUUUACUGUAAAACUGAAAGGAGAUGCUGCAUUAGGGGAUGGAGUAACACGGCAUUUUUUCACAUUGGUAAUGGAUAAGCUCCACAAUGGAUUUGAACUGGACAUUGAUAACUGUGGCAAAACACUUUUAUUCAACGGAGAAGAUGAUCACAAGGUCCCUUCGACAUCUAGACCACUUUUGGAUGGUGACCUGUUCAGAGUUGUGGGAAGAAUGAUUGGACAUUCAUUUAUUAAUGGAGGUCCACUCUACUCAGGACUAAGUGCAGCUUUCUUCCCCCUUUUAAGUGGCAGUAAGGAUGAUACUCCAAUUCUGGAGUUGAAGGACUGUCCUGAUACAGAUGUGAUUGAAGUUGUGUCCCUUCUGGAAAGCCAGAAUGAACUAAAUCCGAACGAAAUGGACAGUAUCAACAAUCUGGCCAUCAGUUGGGACCUGCCAGCAGUCAGCAACAUCAACAGAAGAUGGUUGGCAGAAACCAUUCUCUACCAUGGGGUUAUUGGUCGACGUGAAAAACAGAUCGCACAGCUGCGGAGAGGACUCAAAGACACUGGUGUUUUGAGAAUGAUAAAAGAACAAACCAGUUUAGCUGCAGUACUGUUUCCCAGAUCUUCUGCACUAGUACUGGAACCAGAGAUGAUACUUAAGAGGGUCAUCUGGCCAGAACCUGACAGUGAUGAAGAUGAAGCCCAAUUCAACCUGGAGCAAUCUUGUGACGUUACAGCCUUCUUGCGUGAAUAUAUUCAAACAGGAUCACCUGCUGAACUGUCCGAGUUGAUGAAGUUUUGGACUGGCUGGACGGUUCUGCCUCAACAUCUGUAUGUUGAAGUGUCACCUGACCUUACACUGCCAGUGGCUUCAACCUGCCUCACAACACUAAAACUUCCAUUAACAUGCAGAACCUUUCUUGCAUUUACACAAGCCAUGAGAGCAGCAGUUUCAUCCACAAGGUUUGGCUUUGGCCUUGUCUGAGUUGUUACAUUUAAAGUUGGUCAUGAACAGAUAAAUGCAUGUUUGGGAAAAAAAUGAAUGACGUGUUUGUCGUCUUCAGCAUUUUUAUUGUUGUUUUAUAAAUGCAUGUUCUUGAAAGGAACUUUCCCAGUUUUGCAAUGUUCAAAAUUCUUGUGAGUUAAAUGAAGUUUACAUAAGAACAAGUUAUCAGAAAGCCUUGCUGUAAUUCAGGCAUUUCAUACACAAUGUUACAAUAAACUCACCAAAAGAAAGUCA